AUGCUCACCUUCGUGCUGCUGAAAAGCCUCGGGGCGUUUCGCCGCCGCAAUAAGCAGCAUGUCUACCCCUCGAAGCCACGCUCGUUCGAGGAGUACCGCCGUUAUGCCCGCGACCUCGUGGAGCUCCACGAGGAGGCAAACCGCGGGCACGGCAUAAAAUGGUUCUACCGAGAGAACCAGCUCGUCGAGAACGACAUCAAGGCCUUCGCACGAGGCGAGCUAAUGAACAUCCACAACAAACUGUACGUCAUGGCCGUUCUCGACGAGUUCCAACUGCUGCCGCACUACGUCGACUUGCUCGUGGAUUGCAUGGGCCUGAAGCACGCGGACGGGGCUGCAAAUUGCGCUGCUUGGUUGCCCCAGAGGGAUGGAACUUCGGAGCUGAUAGAGCAGCGGGAUUCCUUAUUUAAGCGGGUGCGCGACAAGCUUUGGUGUUCGUGGGAAAAGCUUUCUUGGCAUUCCGGGCAAUACAACACGCCCACGCCAAUCGUCCCCUUCAUCUACCUCGCGACCUGUGUCAACGAAUCCACCACCAACGAAACACAGGUCAAGGCCCUGCUGCACGCGAUCGACAUCCUCGACAAGAAGUUCUUCUUUCUUCGUUUGCAAAACGGUUGCGUGGGUCCCUUUCCACCACAUCCACCGGCACCGGGACAGAAAGACAGCCACUCUACCUUCGCAGCUGUACUUACUGAACUCAAGCGUGGGAAUCUCGACUUGAGUGAGUUUGAGUCGCGAAGGGACCUUUGGCGGGAUUUGUUUAGCAAAUCCGACACGUUCAUGGAUGAUCUGUUCGGUCCGCGCACUGUCGACGAGGACACUGCCGACGAGGAAGCAGAAGACGAGGAAUCAGCAGAGGAGGAAUUCUUUGACAAAGGAUUCUUUGACGGGGAUCCCUCUGACGGGGAUUCCUCUGACGAGGAAACCGAAGACGAGGGGGCAGAAGACGCGGCUGCAGAAGAUACGGGUGCGGAAGACGCGAAUGCAGCAGAGGAGGGAUCCUCCGACGAAGGAUUCUUCGACGGGAAUUUCACCGACGAGGAAUCCGAAGACUGGAUGACAUCGGAAGGAUCGGAAAAUGGGGAAUAA